ACAACAGCUCCCACAAUCCCACGGUGAAUCUUGACGCCGUCGUGCUCAUGUUUGGCUUUGUUGUUGUUGGAUUUUGUUUUUGUUUUUUUUGUAAUUGUUUCGGGUUACUGUAGAAGCUGUGUCCCAGCAGCAUAAGCCACAGCUGUCCUGAAUAUGUUUCCGUGGUUUUACUGAGGACUACAGACCCUCUGAAUCGCACGCGGGAGCCUUGUUCAGCCCGUUCAGAGAGAGUGUCGGGAUUUAAAGGUGUAAAGUAGCCUGUCAUUGUGUUGUGUUGCCAUGGACAAGGCUUGGCGCGUGGAGUUUCGAAACGUGGGCUGCGCCUACUUCCCUCAGAGCAGAGUCGACUGCCACUACACACUGAGCUCGCAUCACAGCUGGGUCAGCAGUGACUGGAUUGGGCUCUUUAAGGUCGGAUGGUCGUCAAUGAAGGACUAUGAAACCUUCGUUUGGGCUCUGGCCCCAGCCGAUUAUCAAGAGGGCACAGAGGUCAACUGCUGCGUGCACUUCCAGGCCUCCUACCUGCCCAAGCCCAGCUCCCAGGAGUAUGAGUUCGUAUAUGUUGAUGCUAAGGGGGAAGUGUGCUCCCGCAGCUCAACAUUCACUUUCUGUGCACCGAAGCCUCUGGAAGACCUGGUGACCCUGGAGGACGAAUCCCACGGUGAGGACGGAGGCACAGACAUGCUGCUGGUAAUACCCAGGGCCGAACUGCUGCAGAGUCGACUACAGGAGUGUCUGCAGGAGCGCGCUGAGCUGCUGCGUGAGCAGGAGGCGGCCAAAAAGCAAAGGGAGCGAGACAGGGAGGACUUCAAGAGGGAGAAGCAGCAAUGGGACAGACAGCGCAGAGGGUUGGAGCGUGAGGUCAGCCGGCUGAAGGAGGAGCUGGUGCAGAGUGAUCAGAAGAUUGAGGAGAUGGAGAUGAAGCAGAAGGAUGAAACGGCUUUACGAGAUUGUUUAGCCCAGGAGAAAGCUGCUUUAAUGGAGGUCAAGGCAGCAAAAGAGCAGCUAAUCAGAGAGCUUGAAGAAGACAUCAAAACUCUGACACAAAGAGCCGUGGAAAGAGAGACAGAAUUGGAGAGAAUGAAAGACAGAGCCAAGAGGGCAAUUGCCUUGAGAAAAGAGGAGGAGACUGAAAAAAAAGGCCUGCAGAACAAGCUGGAUCAGACUGAAGCUGAGCUCAGGAGUUUGUCUAAAGAGUUCCAGGUUCUCAGGAACUCCCUGGCCCAGAGAGACACCAGCGUCCUGCAGCUCCAGAACACCAUCACCACCCUCACACAGAAACUCACCACUGCCCACAGGAAGGAGACUGAAAGUGAAGCAUCGCUGAAGGAGAUGCGGAGCCUGCGUGAGCGACUUCACAUGAGCGAACGCACCGUUGAGGGCCUGAAGAGCGAUCUAAGCUCGCUGGCAGCCCAAAAGGACCAUGUGCAGGCCGAACUGCACCAGGCUCGAGUGCAGGCUGCCCAACUCACCAUUCAGCUUGCAGAUGCCAGCAUGGCCUUGAGAGAAGGAAGAGCCAAUUGGGCUCAAGAUAGGCAGAGUCUGCAGAACGCUGUGGAGUUGGACCAGGAACACUUGGAGAGACUCAAUGCAGAGCUGCAGAAGGUGCAAGAGAGGCUGCGGGAGGAGACGAUGGAGAGGGUGAAGCUGGAGGUUGAGCUUGGUAGAGAAAAAGAUUGCAACCGGGUUCAGCUGAGUGAAACACGAAGGGAGCUGCAGGAGUUGAAAGCCAGCCAGAAGGUUGCACAGAAAGAGAAAGAGCAGCUGCGAGCAGAGAAACAGGAGUUGAUGGAGUACAUCUGUCAGCUGGAGCAGAAGACGGGAAUAGUGACCACUGCCAGGUGGGACGCGGCUCCAAUUGCCUCUACAGGCCGUCCUGAGACUGCGCUGUCCGACUCUGAGGAUGAGAGCCCAGAGGCUUUGCAGGUCCUCCAUCCGCCAAGAUCUCUGGGCCACUACAGCCUUUGCGAGCAGGGCCAGCCGGACUCCCUGCUGCUCUCUACCCCCGCUGUCGCCCCACGGGACACCGACAGGAUCGCUGUGGUCAUCAACCAGCCCGCCCCGCUCUCUCUGCCGCACCAGGCCAACGCCGACACUUUGCCUCACAGCUCUGAUUCGGAGGAGGAAUCUGAUCCAGUCCUGCAGGGAAGCAAAAACUCUGAAGAGGAAACGGCACUUCUGUUGGCUGAGUACAAGGACGCAUUUCUCAGCGACCUGGCAGACACCUCGCUAUGGUGACAGGCGGACAUCCAGCCAAGACAACAGCGAGCGUUCACAAAGCAGGAAGGGACUUUGUUUUCCAGCUGCGUCGACUAACAAGCACAUAAACAGCACAUUAUAAACGCAGGACACAAUGUUAUAUGCAAUUACUCUGUAUCUGCCACCAACCUUGUUUCCCCCUGUUACCCCCCUCCACCCCCAUCACCCCAUCCUGUAGACUGUUGUGUUAUUGCCUCAGCCGUGCCAACAGUGGCAGGUCAACGCCGUGUUUAUGACUCGCUGAAGACCGUUGCUCAGCGUGAAGCUGCAGGAAUUUUUGGGGCCUGGCAUUUGAGAGUUCGCAGGCGGGUAGCAGAAUGAUUUCCUUUGAAUCAUUGCGGCGUCGAGAGCUUUACGACGGAUGUAAUGUCGUUUUUAUGGCAAUUGUGAUUAGGAGUCACGGCGGGCUCUGUAAUUAUGAUGUUUUGUGUAGACUCGGCUCUGCGGGAAAUCGUGGCAAAGCUCCGUUCCAGCGUUAAAUCCUCCGCCUUUGGUUUGGACACUUUUCAUGGCAGCAUAAAGAUACUCCACAGCGCCGUUGAUGAGGGGAAAAAAGAAAAAAAAUUAUGGCAAUAAUGUAGGCUUAUAACGUCAUAUUUCUCCUCCCUUUAUUCAGACCUAAAAUUUGAUAUGCACUUUUUAUAGCGCAAAAUCCCAGAUGAUUCAUGCAGAUACAGAUAGGGUGGUUUAGGCUUUCUUAUAUGGACAGUGUUUAGAAUAAGUAAGCUUAUUAAUGGCUGCUAAGGAUAGACGCACCAAGCAGUUUUCUACAUGUCAUUGUAAAACUCACAUGCUUUUUAGAUCAGCUUAAAUCCUUUUUUAGUGAUUAACAAACUACAAUUUUGCUUUCGUAAUCACAAAAGAUGCUUGGUUGUUGUGUUGAGAUCUUGUUCUUAUAGCUUAAUAUACAGUCAUCCACUUCCAAAUUUGUGCCUAAAAUACUAAACUUACUGUCAGCGUUAGGUGUUUCCUCCUACCUUUAUACUGCCUAAUAAAGAAAACUGCUGCCUCCCUUUUUAAUCAAUAUUGUAUGCAUUUUUCAUGGUUUGCUGUUUUAAAAUUAACUUGAGUUAUGCUGCGAGUAAACCAUAUUCAGCUUUAGAAGCCACCGAGUUCAUGCAGUGUAGCAUAAAACAAACUUUCCGAGCUUGCCUAAGAAAUUUGCUAACUUGACGCUUGAUUUUUAUCUGCUGUAUUUGCACCCUCUUUUUACUCUGGAGGAGUUUAUAGGUGAGAUGUUGAUACAUGGAGACUCUGUAUGUUUGGCGUGUGUUUUUCAUGAUUUUACAGAAUCUAAAAUUGUGUGUUGUGAGCAUAUUUUGUCUACAUUUCGGGGUUUUUACUGAAAAUUUGAGCAAAUAGAACAGAAGAUUUGGGUGUUGAGGGUUUAACCGUCGAUAAACAUCGGUGCUAAUCAAAGGGAAUGACACCUGCUGAUUAUGCUUAAGUCACAGUGUUUUGCAAAAAUAUUCAUAGCCAUAUAUGGUUUUACAAACUUGUUACAAAUGGAGAUUUUAAAGAUUGCAGUGUUGUUGUUUUUUUUUUUAUUUACCCCUAAAAAAACUGAAAGAGUAACCAGUUGCUUUCAGAAGUCAACCUCAGUAUAAAUACAGCUUUCCUGUAAAGGUCUCAGAGGUUUUCUAUAUAUGUAUUCAUGUCCCAAUCAAGUCCAGAUCUAAAUCUCUAUGUGACAUUGAAAUGCAGUUGGUUGCACUCAAUAUAAGCUGGGAGUAUCAGAGAAAGUGGAGGUGAAUGUAGCUUGUUCUGCCCUACCACAUAAAAAUGCAACAAAAUACAUUAAAGUUAGUAAUUGUAACAGGACAGUAGAAAAGUUCAGUGAGUUAUAAAUACUUUUGGAAGGCGCUGUAGUUGUUAAAUAAUACUAAAAACUUUAAUGCGCAGAGGACUAUUACUGUCAGAGAAGAAAUGGUCUGUUAAUACCAUCUUUUGUCAUUGUGGCGUUGAGCAGCAUUUAUCCAGUUAAGCGUACAAAGGAGUUUAAACCAUUUAAAGUUUGCUGUUUAUCUCAGAUCAAAGCACACAAAAUCCGUUUUCCUUGUUUGUGCUUGAAGGGUCGUGUCUUGAUGAAGUUUUACGUCUGUUUUCAACCACUCAGAGCCCUCUGCACCAGAGAUUAGCUCCAGUGGCUAUUUUUUUUUUUUUUUUUUUUUUGUCCUUUUGAAGUGUUGUGUGUGAAGGUUACCCUACAUGUACGCCAUUGUGUGUUUCUGUUUUCCCGGCCGUUUUGUCCUGUGUUGGGCUAUAAUAAAAUUUGUUAAUAAUUA